CAACGCUCAUAAGUCAAAAAUCGUUCUUUCGUACGAAAUCUAAAAAUAACAAAAAUUAACAAAAUGUACAAAUUGUUUGUCCUUGCUGCUCUUUUCGCCGUCGCCGUCGCUGCUCCCAGCCACUUGGUUGAAAGCCCUCUUGUCUACUCCGCCCCAUCAGCUGUGGCCUACCAAGAACCAGUCUUGGCUAAAGUGGGUUCAGUGGUGAAGAGCAUCCCCACUGCCGUCUCUCACCAAAGCCAAUCGAUUGUGCACAGCUCAGCUCAUGUCGUAGAGGAUGUCUUGGCACCCGUUGUUAAGACCAGCUAUGUGCCAGCUCCAGUGGUGAAGACCAUUCACUCUGCUCCAUUGGUGCAUACCAGCUAUGUUGCCGCUGCUCCCGUCAUCAAGUCGUAUGCUGCUGCCCCAGUCGUGCACAGCUAUGCUGCUCCAUUGUCUUAUGAUGGUCACUACUCAUCCUGGUAAACGAUUCGCAUAGAGAACGGAAAUGGACAAAAGAUUUUGUACUUGGAAUGUGAUAUAACGAAUAGUUUAAUUUUCUAUAGAAAGGACGUUGUUGACUUUUCAAUAAACUAGUUUAUUUAAAAAUUUUAA